GGGAGCCGGGAGCCGGGCGGCGGCGCCGGAGCCCCGAGCCCGCAGCAUCGGCCCAUGCUGGAAAAAGCUGGCAGAGUAAUAUUUAACAGGAAAAGAACUCGAAAGCUCAGAGCAUUGUGUUACAGUUCACUGAGUGUCUCCAGCACAGAACAAAACUGCACUGCUCACAUUAUUCGGGAACACGCUGGAGCUGCUGACAGCCGACUCAAGAUGACGACGGCCACGCCACUGACCAACAACACUCAGCUCUCAGUGAAUGUGACCACAAAGUCUCAAGAACAAAAUCUCUAUCAAAGUUCUGGAGCAAUAGUUGCUGCCAUCGUGGUGGGGGUGAUUAUUAUUUUCACAGUGGUUCUGCUCAUCCUGAAAACAUACAACAGGCGCAUGCGAGUGCGGCGGGAGCUGGAACCCAAAGCCUCCAAGCUGGCAGUGCCACCUCCUGUGGGGCACAACAGCCACAGCCUGGCCCAGCAGCCCUCGGUGACCUUCAUCCCCGUGGACAUCCACCUGCAGAGCAGGUAACCGGAACGCUGGCGCUCCCUGCCAGAGAAGAGAUGGAAUUGUUAUCCCAUGGACUGGGACUGCUCAGCAGAGCUGCACUGUGAACAGCAACCGGCUCUUCUCUCUGUAAACUGAUGUAAAUCCUGGUUUCUUUCUUUGGGAGGAAAAACCAGAGCUCUGGGCACUUUUCCUAUGACUGAAAUAACAGCUGGAGGUCUGGGAAUCCCUGGGAUGGCAGCGAGGCUUCUUCUGGGUCUGGGUAAACUGAGAAGAGAAGACGCCCAGGUUUUGUGGAGCUUUUGCUUCCUCAGAAACUUUGAACCCUCUCUGUGCUGCUGAUAAACAGGAGGAAAAGUCUGGACAUGCCCCAAACUCAGCUUGGACCUGAGUUUGUUUUGAGCUACAUGGAAGAGGUUUGUGGUUCAUUCUAUACCUGAUGGGGUAGCACAGGAGGUAUCAAAAUUGCAUUUAUCUUUACUCAUAUUUCAUGUUUCUAAUGCCACAUGUGUAUGGGUUGAGGAAAAAAAAAAGUUACUUCUUAUUUCCAAGUAUUUUCAAACUAUUUCUAUAAACUCUGUAACUCUCCAUUUCCAAAGGAACUCAGUGUCUGGUUCAUGGCUGGAGCUGUUAGAAUGCUUUGUCUUACACAAAAUCUGAGUUCUUUAACUGAAAAAACAAGCAUGGAAAUAGCAAAAAUCAGCUUGGAUAAAGCAAGGGAGGCUCUGUGCAGCCCCAAUGUGCCACUCUCCCUCCAAGGCUUUGUUCUCUGGUGCAGCCCAACUAUUUUUAGCAAUUUUUUAUUCUCGAAACCGACCCAAAGCGAGGUUGUUUUCUGAGUGUGAGGGCUGUGGGUGUGCAGCAGUGGCACAAAGGAAUUCCCAGGGACACUCACAGCCCACGGGGUGGGAGCACAGAGCAGCAUUGUCACACACUGACUGGAAGAUUGUCUGAGAUUUUAUAUUUCAUAUUUUUUCCAAUAAGCUUGGAUCUCUCGAGCAGGUCAGUUUAACUAACUGGUAAUUUUUAUUGUGCAGAAACUAAAUUCAAUUACUUUGCAAUAUUAUUUUCUGGCUGAAACUGGAGCACAGUUUGGAUUCCAAACCAAAUAUUGAGACAGCUGUUUGUGAAGUUUCUGAAUCUCCUUGUAAAUAUUUCUCUUGUCCUGGUUCUCUACCUUAUUUUUUGUGGCAGUGGGGAUUGAUUUAAUAAUUCAGAAGGGACAGCAGAUGCACAUCUAAUU